UCCUCACGUAUUUGCAACUUCUUUUACCCCUUCGUAUCUGCCCUCCAUAAUGUGAACACGACUUCACGCCCGGCCUAUUCAUUACCAUGGCGAGAACGAAAAUGGCAGCCCGUAAACAUGGUGGCAACAAGCGAAAACUUGACGUGACCGCAGAUGCUGAAAGUGAUCGUCCUGCGAAGCGACCUACCUCGAAAUCUGCGGCUCAGUCCAGGCAAACCGACCUCGACGAGACCAUCGCAAUGAUGGAUUCUGCUUUACUUGCGGAUCACUUCGCAAAGUGCAUUCGAAAAUUUUUCCCAAAUAGCAGUUCUAUCGAGUUGGAGGAACAAUAUCUCCCAACGAAGUCCUUCCGCAAUACCACGGCCUUCGACAAACCCCACGUUGGCACGAAGCUAUCAGAGUUCCUCGAAAAAUUUGCAGAGAAUGGCAAAGCAGAGCUUUCCACGUGCGAUGAGGAGGCAGCUCCUCAUACACUUAUAAUAGCGCCUUCAGGGAUCCGGACUGCCGACCUCAACAGAGAACUGCGCGUCUUCAACACCGAGGGGUCCAAGGUCGCCAAACUUAUCGCAAAGCACAUGAAACUGCAAGAGAAUAUCGAUUAUAUGCGAAAGAACAAGGUCGGGAUUGCCGUGGGCACCCCUAGAAGGGUCAAGGAUUUGAUCGACGCGGACGCAAUGAAGAUCAGCGGCAUACGACGCAUUGUCGUGGAUGGAUCGUACAGAGAUGAGAAGAAGAGAAGUAUUUUCGAAAUGGAAGACCUUUUUCGACCGUUGUUGGCACUGCUCAACAAGGAACAGAUUCGGAAGCGAUAUGGUGCGGAAGAAGACAAGGUCGAGAUUCUGGUGUUUUGAGCUGCUGCAACAAAAGAGAUUGAGUAUGAGAUACUCUACACCACAAAUGGCACGCGGCACAGCAUACGAAUAUGGACGAAGGCCAAGUUAUACGAGGGCAUCAGCUAGAUUCCAAAGCAAAGGGCUCCGACUCCUCAUGUCUGCUGACUCGUGUCUGAUGAGUCGCUUGGGGCUUAGAACGAUUGUCUUGCUGGGUCCGAUCAAGAUCGUUGGUGUGAACAUUGCAGCAACACAGCACGAUCCUCGUUCCUUGAACUCCACGGGCUCAUGUAGCCAACCUAUACGCGUCAGGCACCAAUGAAAGUCGAAGUGUGAAAGGCCUGAUCGGAGUAACUGAGAUUUGGUUGACUCGGUAGAAGCAGGAUAUUGAAGAUUCGUGGAAGCGAAGAUAAUAUCAUGGCUCCUGGAGAUACCUAGGUAUUCGCGCCUGAAAGCAACGCUCCUGCAAUUGAAGGCAGCUCUCGACACCGCUGGACGAGUCUACUCCGAACAGCUAUUUUCGAAGCGUUCUGGAUGUGAGCCUUCACUCAGAAUCACUCAAAGGGGCCUAGAGUUGACAGUAGACCGACCGGAACUGGGCCACAUGCCGUGGUCAAACUCCUCAACCCUGUGAAGUACUACCUCCGGAUUCCAUUUCUGACUCACAAAGGGACUGCUAGGAUCCACGCGCGUUGUGACAGACAACUUGUUGGGUUCGUGCUCAGCGUUAGUCAAAAGCACCACCGACGAGUAUUUCACCGCCAGCAAGCCGCAUUUCUGUGCAAGUCACGGCCUGUUACAUAGUCACCCAACUCAGCAAAUGCGGGGUUCUGAAUGUGCCUCUACUCGUUCAGGAAGAAU